UGUGAAUAGGAGGGGAGAUGCUGGAUUCGGGAGAAGGUCCGCCAUUAUUGGGAAGCUAAAAAAAUAGACUUAUACACGCCGUCACACAUUUAGCCUGUAAGGGGCUAAACAUCAGAAAGGAGAAUACGACGGUUUCGGACGAGCUGUUGUUCGCCAGAAAGCGGCGCUUUGGUAAAAGAAGGCAAAGCUUGUGGUCGCGUUUCAUACGGACUCUUUUUAUUUUUGACACAACAAAGGAAAUAAUAAUUGGUCAAAACAACGUGGUGGUUGAACCAAGAAGGAAAAAACACACCGAAACAGCGCUUUUACAACGCCUCCCCCUUUCCUCCUCGUUUCCAGCCGUGGUGAGAAGACUGGAGUUUGAACAGCAUUUUUUGUUUUUCCUGAAGAGAAUUUAGUAGUUUUUUCCUCUAAAGACAGGGAGAGAUAUACAUCUCGUUUUUGAAAACUUCAGACUGAUGAAAACGAACACUUAAUGUGGGAAGCAAUGGACAUAUAGCCUGCUUAUUUAAAAAAGCCGAACAAUAAUCAGUUUGAGUGCUGGUAGGGAAGUGUUUUUGUCUUUUUUAAAGUCUUUCACCGGCUGUGAGUCGCAGAGAGAGAAAGAAAGGAGUGGACGAGAGCUGGAGACAGGGAGGAAUGCUAUGGACCAAACCCCAGCUCAGUGAGCCCCUCUUGCAUGGGAACCCUCCUUCCUUGGCAGCUUUCUCCUCUCCCUAGAGCAAGUGACCAGCAUGGCAGGAUGAGCCUCUGCCAGCGAUGAUGAUGGCCAAAAAGCAAGAUGUCCGGGCACCCACAUACAACCUCGUUGUGAUUGGGCUGUCCGGCACGGAGAAGGAGAAAGGCCAAUGUGGUGUGGGCAAGUCUUGCCUAUGUAACCGCUUUGUCCGGCCAAGUGCAGAUGACUUCCACCUAGACCACACCUCCGUUCUUAGCACCAGUGACUUUGGAGGCCGUGUUGUGAACAAUGACCACUUCCUGUUCUGGGGAGAGGCUGGGCGCAUGUUGGAGGAGGGGCCUGAAUGCCGUAUGAAUGUGGUGGAGCAGACAGAGUUCAUUGAUGAUCAAACGUUCCAGCCACACCGAAGCACGGCACUCCAGCCUUACAUCAAGAGGGCAGCUUCCACCAAGUUGGCUUCAGCUGAGAAGCUGAUGUACUUUUGCACAGAUCAGCUGGGGCUGGAGCAGGACUUUGAGCAGAAACAGAUGCCUGAAGGCAAAAUCUUGGUGGACGGCUUCUUACUAUGUGUGGAUGUUAGCAGGGGAAUGAACCGUAGUUUUGAGGAUCAGAUGAAGUUUGUUACCAACCUGUACAACCAGCUGGCCAAAACGAAGAAACCUGUGGUACUGGUUCUCACCAAAUGUGAUGAAGGAGUUGAGCGAUAUAUUAAAGACUCACACACCUUUGCCCUAGCCAAGAAGAACCUACAGGUGGUAGAAACAUCAGCACGCUCUAAUGUCAAUGUUGACCUAGCCUUUCUUACACUGGUUCAGCUAAUAGACAAGAGUAGGGGAAAGCCCAAAAUCAUCCCUUACUUUGAGGCACUAAAACAGCAGAGUCAACAGAUUGCCUCAGCCAAAGACCGCUAUGAGUGGCUGGUCAGCCGAAUUGUGAAGAACCACAAUGAGACAUGGCCCACGGUCAGUCGACGCAUGCAGUCUGCCCCUGAGUACAAGGACUAUGUUUUCCUUGAGGGGACAGCUAAAGCCAAGAAGCUCUUCCAGCAGCAUGUGCAUAGACUUAAACAAGAGCAUAUAGAGAAACGUAGGAAGGCCUAUCUAAGUACUCUCCCACAGGCCCUGUCUGUUCUGUUACCAGAGUUGGAUGAGAUAGACCACCUGAGCUGGUCUGGAGUUCAGAAAGUCUUGGAGACAAAGAGAGAGUUCUCCCAAUGGUUUAUAGUGCUGGAUGACACUCCUUGGGAGGCCACACCACACAUUGAUAACCUGGAGGAUGAUCGAAUCCCGCAGGACCUCCUGGAGACCCCCACAGCUGAAGCUAUCUAUGAGACCCACUUGGAGCAUCUAAGAAAUGAGCGUAAACGAGCUGAGAUGAGAUGGGAGUUCAAGGAGAAACUAAGUGUUUCACCUUUCAUCACUCCAGGGAAACCCUGGGAGGAGGCCCGGAGUUUCAUCAUGAAUGAAGACUUCUACCAUUGGCUGGAUGAGACUGAAUAUCUGGAUAUCUACAACAAACACCAGAAGGAAAUCAUUGACCGAGCCAAAGAGGACUUUCAGGAACUGCUCCUUGAAUACUCUGAGCUUUUUUAUGAGCUGGAAGUGGAUGCAAAGCCAAGUAAAGAGAAAAUGGGAGCUAUUCAAGAGGUGUUGGGUGAGGAGCAAAGGUUUAAAGCCCUGCAGAAGCUGCAGGCAGAAAGGGAUGCUCUGGUAUUGAAACAUAUCCACUUUGUCUACCACCCCACAAAGGACACCUGUCCCAAUAGCCCCCACUGUGUGGACAGUAAGAUCGAGCAGAUACUGGCCUCAAGAUUCCCUACCCGCUACCCAUCAUCAGAUAGUUCAAGAUUGGAUUUGGGGAGGGCUGAACGGAUAAAUCUUGUCAUCCUAGGGAAAGAUGGUCUAGCCAGAGAGAUGGCAAAUGAGAUAAGGGCAAUGUGCACCAGUGACGACCGGUACGUGUUAGAUGGCAAGAUAUAUGAGUUAGCCCUUCGUCCCAUAGAAGGAAACGUACGUCUGCCAGUCAAUUCAUUCCACACACCAACCUUUACACCCCAUGGUUGCCUGUGUUUGUACAACUCAAAAGAAUCCCUCUCUUAUGUUGUUGAAAGUCUAGAGAAGCUUAGGGAGUCAACUAUAAGCAGAAGGGAAAGGGAAAACAGCUUAGCCCAACUCCCAUUGUCCCUCCUUCUGGUCACCAAGCGGGGGGUGGGAUCUAUUGGUGAUAUUGGGGGGGAGACAGCUCAGACUCUUAUCCAACAAGGGCAGCAGGUGGCUGGAAAGCUGCAGUGUGCCUACCUAGACCCUGCCUCUCCAGGCAUGGGCUACAGUCGCAAUAUCAAUGAGAGGCAGAUCAACCAGUUGCUGAAGGGCCUCUUAGAAUCAAGGAGAAGCAUAGGGAGCAGCUCCCCUCCCUUACCCCCUCCACCCUCUGCCUUCAGAGACUCUCAGUCUCAGCCAAUGCUAGAGGCAGACCUGAGGAUAGUCAUGUGCCUGAUGUGCGGAGACACGUACGACAUAGACCAGCUCCUUGCUCCCUUCCUGUUGCCCCAGCAUUGCCGUCCUGCCGCCAGCCUCAGCAGUGGCACUUCUGUUUUGCUAGAUCUCAGUAUAGGAGGUCAGAGGCUGAACGUUGAGCUGUCACUGCUCUCCUUUCAUUCCUCAUUCUCGCUCCGCAAAACAAAGCUGGUCCACGGCUACAUUGCAGUUUACUCUGCUCGCCGCAAGGCCUCUAUGGAGACAUUAUGUGCUUUCCUGUGUGAGGUCCAAGACAUCAUCCCAGUCCAGUUGCUAGCAGUAGGGGAGAGCCAGAUGGAGCUGUCGGACUCAGAGUCAGCUAAGGAGCAGGUCAGUCAGGGAGAGGAACUGGCCCAUGAAAUAGAGGCCAGGUUUAACACAGUAAUAUGUGGACAUGGUGGGGUGGUAGGGGGGCUUCACAAGAUAGACCUUUUCCAAACCUUCCUCAAAGAGGCGGUAGAGAAGUGCACUAUUAUUGAGGCUACACACAUGUAUGAUAAUGUGGCUGAGGCAUGUACCAAUGAGAGCAUGAGCCCUCGCUGUGGCUCUCCUAGUCCAGUUAACAUUCCUAUGGACUCAGAGGACGAUAUUGACCCAUCACCACCUUACCCUUCCUUGAGGGAGGAUGGCAGUCUCAGUUCCCACCUGGGAAACUUCAAGAUACCGGAUCUGGAUUCAAGUGAUACCUUCUCUGUCAUUUCUGAGCUUAGCACCUUUGAGAGCAAGCUGAACAACAAGGUUCCUCCACAAGUGAAGCCCAAGCCUGUCCGUAAGGUUAACCUCGGCCCCUACAUGGACCAGCAGGGUGGCACCAACCGCCGCUCUUUGCCCCAAGCUGUUACCUGGGCUCCAGGUAGCGAUGGUGGAUAUGACCCUUCAGACUACGCAGAACCCAUGGAUGCUGUAAGCAAACCUCGACCCACAGAAGAGGAGACUAUUUACUCUGUCCCUCAUGACAGCACACAAGGCAAGAUUAUCACCAUCCGCAAUGCCAACAAAGGCCACUCCAACGGGAGUGCUGGGGGGAAUGGGUCAGACAGUGAGGCUGAUAGCAGCUCACUGGAGCGCAGGAGAAAGUUGUCCGCCAUUGGGGUAAAGCCUAAGCUUUACAGAGACAGAUCCAAACGGCUUGGCAAGUUCAGCAGUUUUAGGACAAGCUUCUCUAUAGGCAGUGAUGAUGAGAUUGGGGGUCCACCCAAGGCUAGCCAAGAUGAGGGAGGAGCCCAAAAGGACAACUCUAUUGAGGAGAGUGAGGACCCCAAAAGGAGAAAUAUCCUUAAGAGCCUGCGCAGAAAUACAAAGAAACCACGAGCCAAACCCAGGCAUUCCAUCUCAAAACCCAUCGAGAGCAACUACUUUGGCUUGCCGCUGGCCACCGUGGUCACUCCUGAGAGGCCAAUCCCAGUCUUCAUUGAGAAGUGCAUCCGUUUCAUUGAUACAACAGGGUUGACAACAGAGGGCAUCUACAGGGUCAGCGGGAACAAGGCAGAGAUGGAGAGCAUGCAGCGGCAAUUUGACCAAGACCACAACCUGGACCUGGUGGAGAAAGACUUCACCAUGAACACAGUAGCCGGAGCCAUGAAGGCCUUCUUCUCUGAGCUACCCGAGCCUCUGGUGCCCUACAGCAUGCAGGGAGAUCUGGUGGAUGCCUUCAAGAUCCCCGAUAGGGAGCAGCGCUUCCAGACGAUGAAGGACAUUCUGCGCCGCUUCCCCAAGGAGAAUUACGAGGUCUUCAAAUAUGUCACCAGCCACUUGAACAAAGUGAGCCAGAACAACAAGUCGAAUCUAAUGACCAGUGAGAACCUGUCCAUCUGUUUCUGGCCCACACUGAUGAGACCAGACUUCACCACCAUGGACGCCCUGACUGCCACCCGCACCUACCAGACAAUCAUCGAGAGCUUCAUCCACCAGUGCGCGUACUUCUUCUACAAUCAGCCGCUGUCCGAGGUCCUCCCUGGCUCUCCCACCUCUACGCUCUCCGGAGGAACCUCGGCCUACUCCUGCAUGGCUGGAGGCUACUCAUCCUCGCCGACUCCGUCCCCGACUCCCUACGUCCUCCCAGCCACCCCUCCUGUCAUUCCACACUACGGCCCUCCUAUCCACCACCACCACCACCACCACCACCACCUUCACCAUCAACAUUCACAUCAAUCCCCACCCCACUCCCCACCUGCUACUCCCCAGUCCCCGAUCCCAGCCCUGCUGCCGCCCUCCCUGCACCCCCAUCACCCCCCUACGGAACAACACACGCUGUGAACCAGGGAUCAAGGGAAAGAGGGGGGGGGAAACGAAGAGGACGGAUAACGAGAUUCAGAGAGAUUUAAGGGUUUAGAAUAAGAGAUUUUGAAGUUUGGCAAGGAAUUGAAGAAGAUAAAUUGAAACGAGAGCAGGAGGUAGAAAGAGAAGUUGGGGAAAUAUUGAAUGAGAUGCAGUAUGUACAGGGAGAAAACUACAUGUUUGGGAGAAGAAGGGGGCGUUUGAGCCUCUGUUGCUUUUAGAAAAAUGGACAUACACACAAGGCAGAAAAGGGGAACACUGAAGAGCCUCUGAACUGGCAGUAUGAUCUUUCUCCCUCCCUCGCCACUUUAUCCCUUUGUCUCUCAGUCUCCCUUCAUCGAGACCUGCCCUCCUUGCCUUAUAGAGAACCUACACAAAAACACACUAGUGAGUGAGAUGUUGCCAAUAACUGUUAAAGGGACUCAGGGAGGGACUCGGGGAGUAAAGUGAAAAGGGGAAUGUGAACUUUAUGUUGGGAUUGCUUCACCACACACACUUGAUACACACACCCAGUGGCCAGUGUGCCUCCGACAACCCGUCUCCUCAAUCCCUUAGCCUCUAACUGUGCUGGGAAUUUAGGUGGUCGCUGCAUGUUUUUGAAAUCCGACACACCUACUGUACCUACCUGGGAGUCUGUGGCUGGAACAAAGUAGAGCAGAGAGCGAGACCUGAACACAUGUUUGUUUAUUUCGCCACUGUACAGAUGACAUAAGCGAGAAACACGUGUUACUACUCACCCGACAGGAUGUUCGGUCCUCCACAACACACACACGCACACAUUCCUAUCUAUCAACCCCUCAUACGGCCACACACACACUUGCACAAAAUCAGUUUAAGUUGAGGCAGUAUGCCAAAUACAAGAAAAUACUCAACCGACCGGAUCUACUAGACGGUAAAUUGUAGCAAAGGAUUAUGGGAACUCUCACACUCUUUGCAUUGUGGGAAGGAUCCUCCCAUUCUCCUGCUUUCUCUCUCUCUUAGUUUGAACUUCAACCUCAUACCCAGUCUUUGUUAACACAUGAAGAAAACGGCUUAAAAAGUGGAUACUUUGAUUGGUCUAAUUCUCCAUUCACAUUCCCACCAAGUUUUUUAUUUCUGUCCUUCAUUUGACUAAAUAUUGGGAAACACAGAGCCUACAGCUCAAUGAGUGGCCUUGUAAGUGUCUGUGUGACUGUCUGUCUGUGUGCGCAUGUAUCCAUGCCUCUUUGUUUUACCUGAAUUUCCCUAUAUUAGGCAGAUAGUGGGAAUAAUUCCAGUGUUGGACCUUCACCUGUCAUGUUGCUUCUUUCACGCAGUGGUGGUUUUACAAGCGAGUCGGUGCUGCAGUUUCCACAAUAAGGACCUUGUUCAAAAAGCACUUUUCUGAGCACUUUGAAGGCACAUUUUAAAUUGCAGCUGCCAUGACAUGACAGCCACGUUCACUUUAUUGUCAGUCCACCCUACUCCCUCUCUCUGGGAGCACACCACUGACAUCUAGAGGAAGAAGUGGGGAUUGCAGCCAUAACGUCUCUACCACCACUGCAUGGGCGUAGCACCAUUUUCUACUGUUGUGUCAGAUUCUCUUAUAGGUGCAAUUGUUAAGAUUUUCAUCACUGUUUGUCAGUAAGAUUAACUUUUGAGCUCAUUUAGUCUAAGAGUGUAAAUAAAAGAACACAGCAGUUUUAAAUCUGGUACAAAUCAAUUGAGAUAUAGAUUCAUGCUCUGUAGCUACUUGUACAUUGCAGUUGACUAGACAUGUAGUGAAUAAAAUUGCCUCUCUGGCUUUGUUGUUAGUUUCCACUUCACCACAGCACUCUGCCCUUUGUAAAGGAGUGCAUGCCACUUCCCAGUCGCUAUAUUUGAGUGGAAGGAAAUAAAGAUUUAGGAGAUUGAGGCACAAUGUAGCAUUACGGGCCAGAAAGUAAGAGCUGGAAGCGAUGCUCAAGCUUUGACAGGUGUGAGAUGAGGCUUUUUAUCGUUGGAAAUAAUUGGUAACCACUGCUCCAUGUCCCAGCACGCUGUUCUCUUAGGACACAGCAUUAUGCCUCCGCAAAGGAGACUCAAACCUGUUUCUCUGGGGCCUCGAAAUAUAAUUUGCAAAAGUGUAACCACUAGACCAGACUCCCCCCGCUGUCACUGUUAUGCCACCACAUCCCCUAGUCAUUUCUAGUCCAAGAGAGACAGUUGGGUCUGGGAGAGACGGAGCAGACAGAACAGACAGUCCAUUCAUCCGUCUGCAUGACUGGAACGGAGCAUCACAGAAUUCCUCGACCCAGCCUGCUGUUACCGUAGAAACCAGUGAGAUGGGGCUCGAGGAGAAUUGCUGAGCCCCGAUCGAUGCAGCUUUUGAAGUGUGUGUGUGUGUGUGUGUGUGUGUGAGCUCGAAAGUGUGCGCAUGUCAAUUUAUGCGUGUUAAUGUUAAGCAGAUGCUCACCAAGGUCACUUAUUCUGUUUGACACUGAAUUACAUCUCUGCAUGUCUCCCCAGACUGUCCUCUCUGCCCAAAAGAAGAAGAAAAACAACCUUUUAACCAAUCACUGAACUCUUUAAGGAGCUUUUAUAAGUCUACACUACCUAUUUACCUAGAGUGUGGGUGUUUUUGUGUGUGUGUGUGUGUGUGUGUGUGUGUGUGUGUGUGUGUGUGUGUGUGUGGGAUUAGAGGAUAGAGGAAUUAAGAGUGUGUGUUUGGGUGGGUGGGUUUGAGCUAACAUGCUAGCAAGCUGUGCUUGGCAGACGGCCAGACACCAGCGUGAUCCAAAUAAACGUGAAGGAGAGGAAUGCAGUUCUCCUUGCGGUCAUUACCCCACUGUGUAACCCUGUUAGCUCGUCCAGAUUACACACACUGAUCCUCAGAGAAAGUGUGAGAGAUGGGGGAGAGAUUGGGGAGAGGGAGAGGGAGGGAAGACAGACAGCGAACGGGUGAAUGGGAUCAUUAUUUGGGAGACGGAGGGAGGAAGGGGGGUGACCACUGGUACUUGUGUGUGAACGCCGGCCAGUGGCGUUCCCUGUGUAUAUCAAUGUGUUAAUACUGAACUGACUGUGAGGCAGCCAAAGACUGUGGAAAAAAGGGUCGAGGGAGAGAUGGGAAGCAAAGUGACAGUUUAGAAGAACAAUUGAAAUAAAAAUGUGACUUUGGUUCAGCGAUAUGUGGCUGCAUUGCUUUUCUUUUUCCUUUUUCUUGUUUUUUUUGCAACAAUGGUGACAGAUGUCUGUUAAGUUAAAAUGAGAAACAAGCAAAACUAUAUUCAAAUGGUUGUUUAUUGGUAUGUUAGGGGGUCUAACACUUUGCCCUUUAGUCAGUGGUGAUAGAAAAAAAAAGUUUCUUUUUAUGUUUUAUUUUAAUAAUUAAAAAAUACAAAGCAUUUUUUUAACAAUUUCUUUGUGAACGAUUGAGAGACCAGCCCAGUAUAGUGCAUGAUUUCUUCCCAACCAAGGAAGAGGGCUCCACCACUCUCGCUAUUUAAGAGAUGAUAAAAAAAAAAAAUAUUAAGAAAUAAUGGGGGGGAAAGAAAAUAAUAAAAAAUAAAUAAAUGAAGUACUGUAAAGUGAAAAGAUAACAUCAAACAAAAAAAACUGUCAUUAUUUGCUGAGUAUGGUAAUUUGUCUCAAUGGGAAUGGUGUAUACAGCAAGGCCUUAUGUGAUCUGUAUCAUAGUUAAUAAAUCAAAUCUUGUAAAA